CCAACAGAGACUCUGCAGCAACACAUUCCUCCUCACUACAUUUAUUCUGCCAGUUAACGCAGAGAACUGCUCUGACUCCAGUUAGUCCCAGUUUAAGUCCAGUUAGUCCCAGUUUAAGUCCAGUCAGUGUUUGCAGAGAUGAAGUUGCUGCUGUUGUUGCUGCUGAUGGAGCGAGCUGCAGCUCAGCAGAGAGGUCUGUUCCCGGCCAUCUUGAACUUGGCCAGUAACGCAGUGAUCAGCAGUAACGCGACGUGUGGAGAUCCAGAACCGGAAGUUUACUGUAAACUGGUCGAACACGUUCCAGGACGACGAAUCAAGAACCCACACUGCCCCAAAUGUGAUGCCAACUCCGUCCUGUCCAAAGAACGUCAUCCCAUCACAAACGCCAUCGAUGGGACGAAUCAGUGGUGGCAAAGUCCGAGUAUCAAGAACGGACGACAGUUUCACUGGAUUACUAUCACCCUGGACCUCAAACAGAUUUUUCAGGUCGCCUACAUCAUCAUCAAGGCCGCUAACUCUCCUCGACCAGGUAACUGGAUCCUGGAGCGCUCUCUGGAUGGUGUGACCUUUGACCCCUGGCAGUUUUACGCCAUCAGUGACUCUGAGUGUUUGUCUCGUUACAAUGUGACGCCGAGACUCGGACCUCCGACCUACAAGAGCGACACCGAGGUCAUCUGUACGUCUUACUACUCCAGACUGAACCCUCUGGAGCAUGGAGAGAUCCACACCUCUCUGAUUAAUGGCCGACCCGGAGCCGAUGAUUUGACGUCUGACCUCCUGAACUUCACGUCAGCUCGUUACAUCAGACUGAGGCUUCAGCGAAUCAGAACGCUCAAUGCCGACCUGAUGACGCUGAGCGCCCGCGACCCCCGAGACAUCGACCCCAUCGUCACCCGGAGGUAUUAUUACUCCAUCAAAGACGUCUCUGUGGGCGGGAUGUGUAUCUGUUAUGGCCACGCCCAGAGCUGCCCGCUGGACCCUGUUACCGAGAAGCUGCAAUGUGUAUGUGAACACAACACCUGUGGAGAGAGCUGUAAUGAGUGUUGCCCUGGUUACCACCAGCAGGCAUGGCAACCAGGAACCGUCUCCGAGGGAAACACAUGUGAAAAGUGUAACUGUCACAACAAAGCAGUCGACUGUUUCUACAAUCAGACCGUCUCUGAACUUUUUUUGAGUUUAAACACUCGUGGUGUACGUCAGGGAGGCGGUGUCUGUAUCGACUGUCAACAAAACACCGCCGGCAUCAACUGUGAGACCUGCACCGCCGGAUUCUACAGACCUGCUGAGGUUUCUCCAUAUUCAGACUCUCCUUGUGUUGAGUGUAAUUGUGAUCUGAGAGGAUCAGAGUCUUCAGUCUGCACCAGAGACGACACACAGCCAGGUGUGUCUGCAGGUCAGUGUCUGUGUAAGGAGGGUUUUACAGGUCGACAGUGUGAUCGUUGUGCGUUUGGAUACAGAGAUUUUCCUCAGUGUGUUCGAUGUGAGUGUAACCUGCCUGGCAGUAUCAACACGGACCCCUGCAGCCCCUGCAUCUGCAAGGUGAAUGUGAUGGGAGCUCACUGUGAUCUGUGUAAACCAGGUUUCUACAACCUGCAGGAGAGUCAUCCACUCGGCUGCACCGACUGUUUCUGCUUCGGUGUGUCCAACGUCUGCGAGAGCUCCGCCUGGUCCACAGCUCAGGUUCUUCAUACAGAUGCUUGGCUCCGCCCCUCUCAGUCCCUCUACACCCAACCUGUCGUCCACGGCAAUGACCUCCCCAUCCCCGGCAACACCUCCUCUGUCCACGCCCACCAACAAGUGCUGUCGUGGGCGGCGCCUGACAGUUUCCUUGGCAACAAGCUGGUGUCCUAUGGAGGUUUCCUGACCUACUCUGUGGUUUAUGAUGUCCCAUUGGACAAUGAAGACCAUUCUCUCCCCGCCCACUCUGACAUCAUCAUUGAGGGAAAUGGUCGGGCUCUUCUUCUCUCUCCUCCUCUCCUCCUCUUCCUCUCUCCGCUGGCCGAGCGCUUGAUAGCCAUAGUGAUGGCCCCGCGGCGAUUCGUGGACAUUCAAACAGGCGUUCUCGUUACCCGUGAUGACCUGCUCUCAGUCCUUGCUGACAUGACAUCACUGAGGGUCAGAGUUCACUUGAACGCCUCCGCGGACGGGCCGAUACGUCUCAGUUCAGUGUCUCUGGACUUUGCUGACUCUCGGUCAGUUUCUGGCAUUCAGGCAGUUGCCGUGGAGAUGUGUGAAUGUCCUUGGGGUUACAGCGGCGCUUCCUGUGAGGCGUGUCUCCCAGGUUUCUACAGGGUGGGAGGAGUGUUGUUCGGAGGAAACUGUAUGCAGUGUGAAUGUAACGACCACGCCACCGAGUGCGACAUCAACGGAGUUUGUUUAGGUUGUACCCAUAAUACCACUGGUCCUCACUGUAAUCAGUGUCUUCCUGGUUUCUAUGGCGACGCCACAGAGGGUACAGCAGACGACUGUCAGUUGUGUCCAUGUCCUCUGACGGAGCCGUCCAACAGUUUCAGUCCCACCUGUGUGCUGGAGGUGUCUGGCCAGGUGUCAUGUGACCAGUGUCAGGACGGAUACACAGGAACCAACUGUGAGAGGUGUGCCAGUGGUUUCUAUGGUAACCCACAAGUGGUGGGCGGGGCCUGUGUCCGCUGUGAAUGUAACGGUAAUGUGGACGUCAGCGAGGCGGGGCACUGCGACACUGUCACGGGAGAGUGUCUGCGUUGCCUCGGCAACACUGCCGGGAGACACUGUGAGGUCUGUCAGCCUGGUUACUAUGGAGACGCCUUGCACGCCAAGGAAUGUCGGGAGUGCGGCUGUGAUGUGAGCGGCGCCCUCUCCAGUGUGUGUGAUGUUACAACAGGUCAGUGUUCAUGCAGAGAGAACGUGACUGGACGCACCUGUGACCGCUGCCAGUCUGGGUUUUUCGGGCUGCAGAGUGGGCAGGGCUGUCGGGCCUGUGACUGUAGCCAAUCAGGAUCUCUCUCUGAGUCAUGUGAUGAGGAGGGGCAUUGCCAGUGUGUGGAGGGCGUGGCCGGACAUAAGUGUGACCGCUGUAGCCGUGGUUACUAUGGUUUCCAUGCCAACGGCUGCACAGCAUGCACCUGUGAUCACACCAGAGGGAACUGUGACCCUGAGAGUGGCGAGUGCAUCUGCCCCGCCCACACACAGGGAGACAACUGCGACAGGUGUGAGACAGGUUACUGGGGUCACGACCCCGCCACAGGCUGCAAGCCGUGCAGCUGCAGCGCAGCAGGAAGCUCCGCCCCUCAGUGUGUUCUGACCAAUGGACAGUGUCCGUGCAGAGAGGGGUUCUCUGGCAGGUCAUGUGACCAGUGUGCCCCUGGUUACCAUGGUUACCCAGCUUGCUCGUCAUGUGGCUGCGACGUGGCGGGAACAGACGAGAAGUUCUGCAACACAACACUGGGAGUGUGUGACUGUCGACACACCGGAGAGUGUGUGUGCAAGGUGGGUGUGUCAGGUCGUCGCUGUGAGGAGUGUGUCUCUGGUUGGUUCGCUCUGUCAGCUGAGAAUCCAGAUGGCUGCUCUCAGUGUUUCUGUUCAGGACUCAGCAGAGACUGUGAGGAGCAGGGAGGACUCUACAGAGUACCUAUCACCCUGGCUCGCUCUCCCACUCUCUUGUCAUUGGUCAGUCAGUCUAACCUGCAGGGUGUAGUAUCUGGAGUUUACCAGCAGGGUGGCGACAUGCUGCUUGACACACGAAAUCUCAACACCAGCAGGCUGGCCGGCCCACUCUACUGGAGACUGCCCCCCCAGUUCGAAAGCAACCAGCUGCUGUCGUACGGCGGCCUGCUGUCUUACAUCAUCACCUUUUACGCUGAGGACGGCUCGGGGCUGUCCAAUCAGGAGCCUCAGGUCCUGAUGAGGGGCGGGACCCUGAGGAAGCUGGUGAUAUACACUGACAUGGUCGCCCCUAGGAAUGGCUUCAGGACACAGCAUGACAUUAGGAUGACAGAGCACAAGUGGAAGUAUUUUAACUCGGUGUCGGAGAAGUCGGUGAGUCACACUGACUUCAUGUCCGUCAUCAGUAGCAUCGAGUACAUCAUCAUCAAGGCUUCAUACGGGACCAGACUGCAGCAGAGCAGGAUCUCUAACAUCACCAUGGAGACAGCGGUGGAGGCGGGGUUAGAGGAGGACUCAGGUGUUAGAGGGGGUGUGGCCAGACUGAUCGAGUCCUGCGUCUGUCCACCUGGAUACAGCGGAUUGUCCUGUCAGGAGUGUGCUGCAGGUUUUUUCCGUCAGCCUCUGUCUGAGUUGUCGUCUCAGAGUCAGAAGUCGCUGUUUGUUCGUCCGUGUGUUCGAUGUCGCUGCAACGACCACAGUGAGAGCUGCAACACGGAGACUGGACACUGUCAGGACUGUCAGCAUCACACCAGUGGGCGGAGCUGUGAGCUGUGUGCCCCGGGGUAUUAUGGGAACGUCAGUGGCUCCAUCAAUGACUGCUCGCUGUGUGCUUGCCCCCUACGGGACAACAGUUUCAGUGCCACCUGUGUGUCAGAGGGAGUGUUUGGUGAUUUCCGCUGCACCGCCUGUCAGACGGGAUACGAGGGGAGAUACUGUGAGAGGUGUUCUGUUGGUUACUAUGGUAACCCGUCGUUGCCAGGCGGGGUGUGUUCACGGUGCAGCUGCAGUGGGUGGGGCUCGCUGCAGCCGCUGUGUGACGCACUGAGCGGACAGUGUGAGUGUAAGGCCGGGGUCAAAGGUCAGUCGUGUGACCAGUGUGACGAGAGGCACAUUCUGCAGGGAGGAGAGUGUGUGUCAUGUGAUGACGAGUGCACCGGCGUUCUGUUGGACGACCUGGAAAAAAUACACAACCACUUCCUGUCUGUGAACCUGAGCGCCAUUGCCAUGGCACCGUACAGCCAGCUAGUGUUGCUGGAGAACCAGACCAGAGACAUCCAGGUGGUGUUUUCAGAAAACAGCUCGGUUCCUCUGCAUCUGUCCAGAGUAGAAGACGAGCUAAAUCAUGUGACCUCUGACCUCAGCGCUCUGCUGCAGCAGGCCACACGUCUGUCUAACGACCUGGAGAAAGUGGGCGUGUCCACCAACGACAGGCUUUCCCAGGGUGCACUGCUGCUGGAGAACAUCAGCAGCCUUCAGAACAACAUCCAGGUGCUUCAGAGGGAGGCGGGGCAUCUGAACCAGACCAUAGAGGAGGAGCUUGAUUCAGCCAAUCAAACGCGUCUGCUGGAGGAGGUGGAGUCCAUGUUGGAAACCAUCAGAGCUGUCAACCUAACGGCCGCCAACGCCACGACCAAUCAGGAGCUCAGUCUUGCAAAGUCUCUCGUCCACUCACUGGAGGUGGACUUCCUGUCCAGAAGGGUGGCGGUUGACGACAGGCUCCGCCCCCUCUCCGCCUCCCUCACCACUGGCAUGGAAACGCUGCAAAACACGCGCACACAGCUGAGCGAAGCUGCACAACGAAACACAAAAACACACAUUCUGCUGGACGCCACACACACUCUGCUGCAGCACUACCAGUCCGGCCGUCAGAACCUGAGUGUUGGGUGUUUGUUUGUGGACGGAGUGAUGGAGGACAGUCAGCUGCUGUUGGACAACACCGUCAGCCUGACGGAGGAGUUAACAAACACCACCGCACAGGUGGAAGUGUUCAACGGUCAGUUGGAUCAGUGGCGCCCCCUGCUGAGGAAACAGGUGGACGCUUUGGUUGUUGGACUGAAGAUGACGGAUGCUCUGGAGAAUGUUUACCGUGCAGAAAGCCACGCCCACCUGCUGCAGAACCACGCCCACUCCCUGCACAGCUCUCUGUCGUCGGUGUGUAACGUGUCUCUGAACGGCAGCCGAUUGGUUCGGCUGGACAGUGACAUCACAGAACAAGUUGACUCCGCCCAGCAGGUCGCCUCAAUCGCCCACAUCUCCGCCUCCCUCGCUCUCAACAUGACCGUCCAAUCAGAGCAGCUUCUGUCAGAGGAGGGCGAAGCCAAACUGAACGUCAGCUCUACUGUUUUAGAAGAAAGUCGACGAAUCCACGAGACGGCUGAAGUCCUGCACCUGAAUGUCUCCAUGGUAACCACCAGACUGGGAUUGGUCAGAGAGAGCGUCUGUAACUCCAGCCUCCUCCUCAGUCAGCCAAUCACAGAGCUGCAGAGCAUCUCUAACGGUUCGUCCAUGGUGCUGCAACAGGUUCAGCUUCAGGCUGCAGCAGCACGCUCUGACCUGCAGGAGGCGCUGCAGCGGCUGCACAGACUCAGACAGCAGCUGCAGGAUUCUUCUUCGGUGGUGGAAAACACCAACAACACAGUGAAGGAGACCAACCAACUGGUAACUCACACACACAGUGCAGCCAAUGAGGUGCAGCGUAAGCUGGAGGAGGCGGAGCAUCGUACAGAGCGUCUGAUGGACCGGAUAAAGCCGCUGAGCUUGCUGGGAGAAACAUUGAGCCGGAAUCUUUCUGAUAUCAGAGAGCUGAUCGAUCAGGCCCGAAGACAGGCCGCCUCGAUUAAGGUGGCGGUGCAGGCGGACAGAGACUGUGUUCGAUCCUACAGACCACAGCUUCAGUCCAGUAACUUCAACACUCUGAGUCUGAUCCUGAAGACAUCCAGUCAAGAUAACCUGCUCUUCUACCUGGGCAGCAACACCACGGUGGACUUCCUGGCAGUAGAGAUGCAUGAUGGGAAGGUUUCUCUGGUGUGGGAUGUGGGUUCCGGGAGCACCAGACUGGAGUUUCCUGGACUAGACAUCACUAACAACAGAUGGACCAGAAUCAACGCUACACGGUUUGGGGCCCAUGGCUCUCUGUCAGUCCAUCAGCUGGAGUCAGAGUCCACUUCGUUUCCCACAGUAACGGCAACAUCACCGGGACCAUCCCGAGUUUUAGACAUCGACAGAAACACAGUGAUCCACAUCGGAGGACUGGGAGCUACCACUCAGAGCCCCAGGACGCUGCGGUCCUCCACCUUCCAGGGCUGCCUGGGUGAAGCAUCGCUCAACGAGAGAAACAUCGGACUGUGGAACUACAACAGCAGAGAGGGAGAGUGUGGAGGCUGCUUCAGCAGGUACAAACACAGUCCCCAGGCAGAGGAGACAUCCUUCCACUUUGAUGGAUCAGGUUUCUCAUCCGUUCAGAAGUCUCUGCGAGCAACCUCCACCUCUAUCGUCCUGCUGUUUAAAACGCUGUCACCGGGCGGAUUACUGCUGUACCUGGCCUCCAAUAACACUAGGGACUUCCUGUCCAUGGAGCUGGUGGAGGGGCGUGUCCGUCUGACCUUUGACCUGGGCUCAGGUGCUCUGAUCCUGACCUCCAGCAAGAAGUACAACACGGGGGUGUGGUACAAGAUCACACUGCAGAGGAACAAACGCAAAGGUUACCUUUCCAUCAUGGCAGCCGACCAAUCAUCAGAGAAGGAGGUGUUGGAGGCGGAGUCUCCUGGGACAGCCUCUGACCUGAACCGCUCUGACCUCGACCCCAUCUACAUUGGAGGACUUCCUGCCUCCAGACCAAUCAGGCGACAGGUGGUCUCCAGGUCAUACAUAGGCUGUAUAAAGAAUGUGGAAAUUGCUCGGUCCAACUUUGACCUGCUGAGAGACGCAUAUGGAGUCAGAAAGGGCUGCGUACUGGAGGCGGUGCGGAGUGUGUCGGUGUUGGCCGGAGGCUUCGUUCAGAUCGCUCCUCGAUCACUCGGUCAAGAGGCGGAGCUUCUCUUCUCCUUCUCCUCCAACAACCAAUCAGGAGUCCUGCUGGCUGCCUUCAGUGACGACCGAACACAGAGACAGCACUUCCUGUCUGUCCACCUGGUCUCCGGUGCGUUGGAGGCGGAGCUUGGUGACAUUGGCGGGGACACUAGGAGGGUGAUAGUGGUGAAACCUGAUGGAGGGUCCUUCAGUGACGGAACAAAACACUCUGUGAUUGUCACCAUCAACAGGAAGUCUCUGUCUGUGCAGGUAGACGAGGAACACAUGAAAUCCGUCUCUCUCUUGCCGGGCAGAUUUUCUCGUCUGUCUCCAGCCUCUUUCUUCAUUGGUGGGCUGCCAUCAGGGGAGGAGUCUCGUCUACCAAUCAGAUUACAGGAUGUGUCAAGGUGGUUCAGAGGCUGCAUCCAAAACCUGGUGGUGGGCAGAGUGCUCAUCGACCUAUCAGGAGCUGUGAGGUACAAGGGGGCGGAGCUCGACAGCUGCCUUUUGGAGGAGAGAGUCGGGGGGGCGGUGCUUCCUGAUGACCAGGAUGUAGAACCGACUCCUGACCCCGCCCAUCUGCCUGUAGCCCCACCCACACAUCUGAGCGCCUUGACACCUGGAGCACUAACAUGUUUGUCGGAGGCGGAGCCAACCUUCCUGCCUUCGGCGGCUCAGUUUGGUUCGUCCAAACACAGUCACAUGACCUUCAUCAUCAACCCCAACACUGUCAGAAGGAGCGUGUCGGUCAGGUUGUCGGUUCGAAGCCGAGCUCUGGACGGGUUGAUCCUCCUCCUCUCUGAUUCCAAACAGAUGGACUUCGUUGUCCUCAGACUGACGGGGGGGAGACUGAUGAUGUCAGCUGACCUUGGGAAAGGCCCUGCCUCCAUCACCUCGUCUGUUGCCAUUAACGAUGGAGAGUGGCACACUGUGAGUGCUGAGGUCAGCCGGCGGUCGAUGUUGGUGUCAGUCGACGGUUCUAGUCCGGACUCUGUGUCAGUUAAAGGAAACCAGCUGGACGUGGACAACAGACUUUACCUGGGAGGACUGCCACACACACACACUACCAGGAGGAUUAAUGUUAGCAGCAGUUUUCCAGGUUGUGUUCACUCCGUCAGUCUGAACGGAGCCAUGUUGGAUCUGUCCAAGCCGGCCUCGCAGCAUGAUGUCACUUCCUGUUUCACCAACGACCAGACAGGAAGUUACUUUAAUGGCAGUGGAUACGCCGCCCUCAUGCGUGAUGGUUAUAAGGUCGGAUCUGACGUGUCAGUGUCUCUGGAGUUUCGAACGAGCCAAUCAGAAGGAGUGUUUCUGGGAAUCAGCAGCGCGAAGGUCGACGCCAUCGGACUGGAGAUGAUCAACGGACAGGUGGUGUUUAACGUGAAUAACGGUGCGGGUCGAGUGUCAGUGCGUUCGAUUGGUCAGAUGUUGUGUGAAGGACGGUGGCACCGCCUGGUGGCCAGAAAAACCAAACACACCCUGAGUCUGAGUGUAGACGGCCGUAGUUACACCACCCCCAACCCUUACCCGCAGUCCACCUCUGCUGAGACCAACAACCCUGUUUAUCUGGGAGGCUAUCCAGUCGGUGUCAAGCAGAACUGCCUGUCGAUCAGCUCCAGGUUCAGAGGUUGUCUGAGGAACCUGCAGCUCGUUAAGUCUCACCUGAGCGAUGCUCUGGACCUGAGCUCCGCCCACUUUUUGUUGGGCGUCACUCCUAACUCAUGUCCUGUUGCCUAGCAAUGCCCAGCCCAGCUCUGAUUGGUCCACAGACACCAGCAGUUUGAUGAAAUGUUUCUCCACGUGACAGAUAAUUGCUAAUCUUGCUAAUCAUAAUGUGAAAGUAAAGACGAGUCUGUAGUUUGAAACAUUCCCGUCUGUUAGAAGCAGCUAAUUAUUUUUAUUUCCAGCAUCACUGUGACUUCCUGUUCUUCAUCUGUAACUUUGAUCUGUUUCUGCAUGAAUCAUUAAAGAUAAUCUGAAAACUAA